AUGUCGUUUGGAGCCAGCGGCACCUGCUGGCCGCAGUUGGGCGGUGCGAGUGGGAUGCUUCACCGCACGGGUGUUGUGAUGGCGCCUCGCCGUGGCAUCUCCGGCGAUGGUUCAGACGCUGCAGCUCGACAUGUGGCGGGGAGUAAAGUGUGGCCGCAGUGGACCAUGAGCAGCAGCGUUGAGGACAUUCUGCUGGGUGGAAGCAAUAACAGCACAGACAUGAAGCUGAACGAUUUCCUCCGGAGCAACUUGGGCGAUGAGUGGGUUGUGGAAAGAAAAGGGAACGUCAUUAUGGAGGCGUUUGUUCAGGAGCCGGAUGCUUACGUGCAAGACCAGCGGCUUCUUAGAAUUAUUUUUAAUUUAACAGAGUACCAAGAGAUGGAAAGGGAGUUGGAUGAGAUGAAAAUUCUAUUGGAGGCCAUUACUAAGCUUCAUCACGAGGGUGUGGUCUCGCUCGAGCAAUGGAGGGACUAUGAGGGAAAGGAUACAGUCACUCCACUUGCAAGGGGAAAACUAAACGCAGCCCUCACUCAGGUACUGAGAGAAGCGUGGCGGAAGGCAGAAGAAAGGGUAAGACGAGCGCAAGAAAUGAAAUUUACCUUUUCCACUAAUAUCGAAGAUGUACUGUUUAAAGGAGGAGUCCGCGUCAAGGAAAAGAAGCUGAAUGAUUUUCUUACGAUGGAAUUGGGCGGCAGGGGCGUUGUGGGCACCAAUCGGAGUGUUUUGCUGAAGGAGUUUUUCAAGGAUCCCACGAAGUAUAUCCGUGAUGAAGGAGUAUUGAAAGAAAUACAGAUAACCGAUGCUUAUGAGAGGAUGGAGAGGGCUGUAAGGGAUGAAAUAAUCUUCGAAAAAGAU